AUGUUAAGAGCAAAAACUCAAAAAUCUCACAUCAGUCGAUACCCUCUUAUGAAUUGUUCGUACCGAGAUUUUCGCCUGGAUAAUUUGAAAAGUCAUCUCAAAUCAAGGAGGCACAAAAUCACAAAUGUUGAAGUUAUAAACAAGAUAUUUGGAAUAAUUCGAAGCAAUUCAUUGCCAAGUGAUCACCUCCUUCGUGUUCAGAAUGGCGACGUUGUUCAAGUCUCAGUGGAUUUACAGAGGGAAGAAAGUAUGUCUUCAGUACCAAUUGCUCAAAGCGAAAAUGCAGUUGCGAAUACUGCAAGAUGGACAACGGCGCAAAAUGUUAAUGCCGAUCAAGAAGUGUCAGGAGGAAGUGAACCGAUGACAGACCAGACCGAUGUAGAGCUUUUACAACCAGCUGUGACAACGGAAUCGUCAAACAAACAAAUGCAAAGUCUGACAGAAUUGGUUGUGUCUUUGAAUGCAGCAAUUCGAAAAAUCAACAUCAACGAAAGAGACAUGAAAACUGUACUGCAACAAACAAAAAGCGUACUGGAAAACAAGCUUUCUGAAAUGGAACAACACAUGGAAGAGGCUGACAACAUUGUGAGCAAUGUGAACAAUGCUUCACAAUCACUCGUUCAAUUACAAAUGAAGUAUCCUUGGCUUCAAGUAAAGUUACGACAACCACCUACUCCACCUGCCGGAGCCUGUAGUUUAUGUCAGCGUCAUAAUGUUCAAAUACGCAGCCAUCGAGACUAUUCCAGCAUGCAAAAUUGGGUGGAUUGCUCUGUUGUUCUGGACAGCAAUCAUCGAGCGCAAAAAAUAACAAGCCACAAACAGUCCGAGUGUCAUAAGAUUUGUGUGUCCGCUGAAGAAAAAAGAAAAAGAAAUGCAAUACAAUCUUCAUUUCUUAUCAACAAGCAACGGGAAAACGAGGUUACUGAAAGAUUCCUGUUAAGAUGCUACGGACUAAUUCAGUGCCAUGUAGCGUACAAUAGGUAUCCAUAUAUGUCGUAUUUACAUCAUCUACAAGGGGUGGAAGUUGGAAACCGACACUUGACCGAUAUGGCAAUGGCCAGUGCAACUGACUGUAUCUACGAUGUCCAGUUACGUUCUUUAAUCAAGUACACUGUCAAGUACACUGUCUUCGACACUGUACUGUUUAAUCAAGUACACUGUCUUCAACACUGUCACUUGUCCAUGGACAAAGUCACUGCUGAACAUGUCACACGUCAGGUAAUUAACAUUCGAAUGCUGGACAACGAUGGUGAACCAGUUUGUAUUAAUGGGAACCAAAGUGUCAUUUCCCAGCACGAGGAUCCUCUCCCUGAAUAUACACAAAGCCUUGGUGAUACACCAGUUGCGGACCAUGCCAGUGAUGCCAGAGGUGUGUUUUGCCAUGUGCUCGACUUCCUUAAAAAAUAUCUCAAAAUGUCCAAGGAAACAAUCAGUAAAAGCGUGACGUCAUCGUCUACAGAUUGCAAAGCGUUUUAUGCUGGAGACAUUCAAGGUUGGCAACGAUUGUGGAAGGUGAAGUUUAAUUGUGCUCACUUACAUUUCACUGAUAGAGCACACAAACUUGAAUCGAUGGUGGGCAAAAUCUGA